AUGCCGGACGAAGCGACGGAAAACUCCGGCUCCACCUCUGCCCGCGUCUCGUCCUUCUUCAUCGAGGACCUGCUGGGCACCGAGGGCGCUGCGGGCGGCGGGGCGAGGAGGGCGGCUGCGGGCGGAGGCGGCCGCGGGGCUCCGCGCUCCCCGCUGCGCCUCGGAGUCCCGGGCUGCCCGCUCCGCGACGCCGCCGUCGGCUGGUACCGCCGGGCGCACGCCGCCUUCCUGGGCUGCACCAGCCCCGACACCAGCGACCGGGACUCGCCCGAGCUGCCCGAGGAGACGGCGGAGCGGACGGGCGGCGGCGGCGGGCGGGCGGCGGCGGUGCGGGGCCCCUCGGGAGGGCGGCCGGGCCCCGGAGGCCGAGAGGAAGAGGAGGAGAGAGGCGAGGAGCCGGGCGAGCCUGAGCAGCGAGCGGCCGGCCGCAAGAAGAAGACGCGCACGGUGUUCAGCCGCAGCCAGGUCUUCCAGCUGGAGUCCACCUUCGACGUGAAGCGCUACCUGAGCAGCUCGGAGAGGGCCGGGCUGGCGGCCUCGCUGCACCUCACCGAAACCCAGGUGAAGAUCUGGUUCCAGAACCGGCGCAACAAGUGGAAGAGGCAGCUGGCCGCCGACCUCGAGGCGGCCAACCUCUCCCACGCCGCCCAAAGGAUAGUGCGGGUCCCCAUUUUGUACCACGAGAACUCGCCGGCCAGCGCCUUGGGCUUUACCCUGCCCCACAUGUCGCCCCCCUUGGUGGGCUUCUCCAGCGGCGUCAGCUACCCCCUGGGCACCUUCCCCGCCGCCUCCCUCCCCUUCCUACGGUCGCAGAUGACAGGACUCGUUUGA